AUGCCGCUGGGAAUCAAUUUGUUUGGCAAGGGCCACACACAGGAAGCCCAGAAGGAAUCUGCCAAAGAAAUGGUCCGAGAGUGGCAGCGAAAUUUGCGCGCCGAAGCACGAGGUUUGGACAGAAGCAUCAGGAAGAUCGAACAGGAGGAGGACAAGAUUCGGAAAGACAUUCAGACCAUGGCAAAACAGGGGGGCGACCCCAAAAGCAUCCAGAUGCUCGCCAAAUCCUUGGUCCGAUCGAACAAGGCCAAGGACCGGCUUUACACCUCGAGAUCGAUCAUGCAGUCCGCUGUGGCAGAGCUGGAGACAACUGCAGCGACCAUGCGGCUGUCAGACUCCAUGAGCAAAUCUGCAGAGGUUAUGAAGCAAAUGAAUUCUCUGGUCAAGAUUCCCGAAAUGGAGGAAUCGAUUUCCUCCAUGAAACGAGAGAUGAUGCGUGCCGGACUCAUCGAUGAGUUGAUUGAUGAAGGCAUGGAAGAGAUGGAUGGACCAGAUUUGGAGGUGGAGGCAGAAGCAGAGGUAGACAAAGUGCUGGACUGGAAGCUUUUCAUCCUAUCACUCGGCCGCAAAGAGCAACAGCUGCGGCAGCAGGUUAUGCCGGAUGAGUCUGGAGUCCGGAUGAGUCUGGUUGACAGACUGCUCGCGCGCCUAGCAUGCUUCAGCGAAGCUGAAGCAUGUACACUCGAGCUGCCCGUGCUGCCGGGGCAGGUGCAACUGGUGGGUUUCUCUGGCGACCAGACAAACUACAAUGAAUCCGCCCCUCACAUGCGCUGGACCGGUCACGUCGGCUUGCGCUUCAGUGACGCGCCAAAGGUGAUGUUUGGCUUCACACCCGAUACGGAGCUGCGAAAUGACAUGCGCGCCUUAGUUGGGUCGCUUCUGGAGGGCAACAGCUUCCCAGGAAAGGUAUCUGAUGACUUUCAGGACUUUGAAGAUGCCGCCCUCUCGCCUCAUGGUGUGAUCUUCGUGUUUUGGGACGUCCAGGGCGCCUGCAAUGAAAAGGAUUGCGGGCUGUCUUCCAUCCUCAAGGACAUGGAUGACAUAAACAAGGUGUACGCUUUUCCGCCAGAGGCACCGCAAAAGUAUCGCGGGAAAGCCUAUUCUGCAUGCAAUUCGACUUGGGGUGCACUGUGCUUCAACUGUGCAACUUAUCCAAAGUCCGUCGGCCUGCCGAUCCCAGAAGACACUGGAAUGUUGCCAGGGUAUUUGGAGAAGAUGGCUUUGCUGCAUGGCUCUUUUUGCAGAUGUUACAAAUCAGGCAGAUGGCGUCCAAAAUCUGAUUGCUGGGCUGAAAGACAUCGGCUUCUUUUCGAAAGCUGUGCAUUUGAACAGCCAGUAGAAGAUCUCUGA